AUGCCUUUAGAUUUUAGUAGUACCGAAUCAAACUUUACACAAUUUAAGAAGCUUGUAGAGGGUGGAAGCACAGACACCAAGAAAAUCAAUGAGCUUUUGGUUCUCUUAAAGAUUGCAAUCAUUCAAGCUUCCAUACCAACAGAGAAAGAUCAUAAUCAACAAAUCGUAAAAGAAACUUUAUUAGUUAGAGAAAUAUUGGAAUGUGGAGCAUUGUAUAGUAUUAAACAAAAGGAUAUUAAGGCAUUUGAUCGAUUCUAUGCACAGUUGACACCAUAUUAUUACGAUUUCCAAAAAUAUAUUCAACCAUCUCCUUUGCAAUACAAUAUCAUUGGUUUACAUUUGAUGAAGUUGUUGGCCACUCACAACACUCCAAGAUUCCAUGCUGAACUUGAAAUUAUCCCAGACUCUAUGUUGGAUAAUCCAUUUAUCAAGUACCCAUUAUUAGUAGAGAAAUCAAUUACUGAAGGUAGUUAUCAAAAGGUACUUUCGUCAAGAUCACAAGUACCAAGUGAACAUUAUCUUGUAUUUAUUGAUCUUUUAUCUGAUUCUAUGAAAGAGGAUAUUGCCAAUUGUAGUGAAAAGUCAUUUAAAUAUCUUUCAUUGAAUGAAGCUCAACAAUUACUUCAAUUCAAUCCACAACAACUUAAUGAUUUUAUUGUCAAGCGUGGAUGGAAGGUUCAAGGUGACAAAAUUAUUUUCCAAUCUGGAUCAUCUUCUGUUGAAAUCCCAUCACAACAACUUAUCGCUCAAACUCUCCAUUAUGCAAAGGAACUUGAAAGAAUUGUAUAA